AUGAUCAAGGCCGCGGUUUUAGUUGUCCUUUUGGCUUUUCUGUGCAAUGCAACGCCAGUAAGGAUCGAGGGGGUGGCUAAGGCUCCAGUUGGUCAUAAAUUGGAAUAUUUGGCGGCUGUAAGUUAACCAAUGUAGUAGAGCACGGCCAUCUUUAUCUUUGAGAAGGAUGCAAAAACGGGGUCAGAGAAAAAACUCUUUUUAGAAAAUUUUGAUUUUAUUGUGCGAAAGUACCCCCACGUUAAAUUGCGGCAUCUCAGGUUUGGUGAGAAAUACCAGAAAACUGCAUUCGAAAGAGCAUGCCAAAACCCCUAUUAUCGCCUACAAUCGGCUAGUCUUUGGGCGGUUUGGCAACCAUUUUAGUACUUUUGAGUAGCAAAUUUUAAUUUUGAGCUCAUCGGUCUCGGUUGUAUCUGCAAAGCUCGAGCUGGGAAUCUCGCAUAAGCUCUAGGGCAUCCUUGAUAACCAUCAAUAUUGAUUGACCUUUUUUCAGCUCUGGCGUCACGGAGAUCGAGCCCCAAGCUCUGCCUUCAAGGGUGACCUGUACAACCAAAGCUAUUGGGAUAACGGCUAUGGCCAGUUAACGAAUGUAAGCACUCUAUCAAUUGUGUAAAGGUAAUGCGUUCAAUUCUAGUACGGAAUAGAGCAACAGCGCCAACUUGGCGAAUGGAUUUUCAAUCGUUACGUCGCAGAGCUGAGAUUUUUGCCAACCCAUUUUGAUGGGAAAGCUAUCAAGAUUCAGUCAACUUACUAUAAUCGAACACAUGAAAGUGCGCUCUACAACUUGAGAGGAAUGUAUGGCGACAACAUCACCUAUGAUGAGUUGGAUAUUUUUUCUAUCCCAGGCAACGAAACGGAUGUUGUCGGACUGCCUGAUUUUCAUUGCGCUUAUGCGAAUACGCUGUCAAAGGAAACACUCAAGACAAAAGAAGUCUCAGCGUUCGUUAAGAAACAUCAGGUAGGGAUGAUCGUUGAAAAUGUAGGAACAUUAUAGUACCUGAUCUUCUUCAACUGAUAAAAAAAUUUCAGAGAGUAAUCAGCGAGGUGGGAGAUGCUAUCAGCUUUAAUGCAUCAAAAGUUGUGCUGCUUUGGGCCAACCUUGAUCCAUUUGUUACCGAGAAGAAGAAAGGCCUGCGCCUGGCUCCGCAAUAUGAAGCUGACUACAAGGAAAUGCGAGAAAUCUAUGUUCGAGCAAUCAGAUUUACGUAUGGGUUGGGUAAGCGCCGUAGACCAGGGGAAUGUCAAGAUUUUACGCGGUUUUUUCUCUCAACACAAAAUUGGCGCUGAAUACAGAAUCUUAUUUUUAGAUAUUGCCCCUCAAAACGGACUUGACUGGAGAUACGAAUCGGUUCGAAUGAACGCUGGCGGACUGCUCACCCGAGUUUACAAUGACCUCAAAGCCAAAGGCUCCUGCAACUUUUUGAAUCAACAUAAACCGAGCUGCAAGGAAGAUGGAAUAAAGGACUUGAAAUACCGAGUUUUCUCGAUGGUACUAAAGUCUUUUUGUUUAUGAUUCUGCAACUUUUAGCACGACACAAACAUGCUAGGACUUCUCAAUAGCUUCGGCUUCCCAGAAGUUGAUUACGAUAGGAAUGAUAACGUUGAGUUGGCCAGCUCGUUCUUUAUUGAGCUGUGGAGAAGCCAGCUGACCAGUCAGCGAUAUGUCAAGUUGAUUUAUCGACGAAAUGCCACGGAAAUUUUUGAUGUCAGCAAUCAAAUCAGUGGUUGCAAAAGCGUGGGAAAAGGUCUUGGCUGCAGUCUGGAAAGCUUUUUGAAGCGAACAGAGAAGUUUGUCAUCCCCGACUUUGAUGAGGUAUGUCAAGGAAGGUUUUGCUACUAACUUCAGGGUUUAUUUUCAGUAUUGUGCCACGCAAUUCAAGGAAGAUUCUGAAACGACGACUGUUUCCGAAUGA